UCAGGAUUCGGGUAGUAAUCAGCGGCGGCAACGAUAAGGUUAUUAUCGUGACGUGCUAUGAAUCUGUGAUCAUAACACCUAUAAGAAUGCACUGGCAUCACCAAUUGCAUGUUUUAUGAGAUCAAUGAUGCAGUGUGUUACAGAUGAACUCAAAGCAUAUUUUGGGAUAAAAUAGAAAACGAAUAGGUAGCCAUUGGCACGCGAUCAUACUUUCGUAAACCAAAUAUGAAUCAUGCUGAAGUCCAUGGGCGACGGUAAGCACUCACCAUCAGGUGAGCCGUAUGCUAGUCCGCCUAAAAGGGCAAUAAAAAAAAGAAGACAUUCAAAUGUGUUUACUCACAAGUACACUGCUACAGUGAGCUCAACUUAGCUGAUAUCAGCAUAGUAAAGGAUUGGAAGAAGAAGAGAUUGUUGGAUUGGGGUUAAAGUGAGCAAACAGAGAAAAUAUGUCUGACACUAGAAUCCUCCUGCAAAACUUCCGAACAGUUUCAUUGAUUUGAGCAUCCUAUGACAUACCCUUUUCUAUAAUUUUAUUAUACUCAAAUACUUUAUCACAUGCUAGUAGUAGUUGAACUUCAUCAAGUGAAAUUUGAAAUGAUUUUUCAACACAAUGAAUAAAAAAAAACGUUAUAAUUUAUAGAGAUAAGAAAAAAAAACUAUCAUUUGGAGGAUGUAGGAAUGGAAAUACGUAUUGUAACGCAGCGUCCCUUUUCGCGGGGCUACAGUAGCCAAACGGGAUGUGACUCAGGUCCGUGCCGCGACGACCCACCAAGCGCCCGCGCAUCUAUUGCACCCAGUAGUGCGCGCCAGAACAUAGAUCGCCAGACUCUCAAGCGGCAAAUACGCGUCCCCGGUCGGUACCGGAACUGACACCCUAGAGUCUCAUGUCAGUCGGGCACCCAAUAUUAAACUGGCGCCAGUUUAAUGUUGUGCGCCAGACUGUCAAGCGGCAAAUACGCGUCCCCGGUCGAUACCGGAACUGACAAUCCUUAAGUCUCAUGCCAGUCGGGCACCCAACAUUAAAGCAUGUACAUGCAAUGCGAUUCAUACUUCCACCUUAAGUCUCAAGUUGGAUCACGGCAUUCUAUGAACACAGCUAUUUACACACACAAGAACACAGUUAUUUCUAUGAACUUCGGCUACCACAGGACAUUAGUAGACUCAUGCGCUCGAUUAUCAAACGAGUGCAAUAACAACAAAGGUCUUGGGAUUCCUGACACGUUAAUAUCAUUAAAUCUAUUGUGCAUUGUUGUUCACGUAUUAUUUUCACUACUCCAGCGGUUUCUGUAUGUACUCCCUGCGUCACUAUUUCAUAACAUAUGUAUCCCAAAUCGCAGUACAUACUUUUUCUGAUUUAUUUUUGAGCUCUCUUUAGUUAUCUCUUCUCACAUACUGUAUUACUGUGACAAAGAUGUUCUGACUUCGUUCUCGUCGUUUCUGCUUAAAUUCUUGCAUUAGAUCUUCGGAACCCAGCCUUGGAAUGAACUCCAACUCUCCUCGGUCUUUCCUAAGCGCUAUGACAUGUCCUUCAAACGAGGUUUGCGGAGAGUUUUCAGCUGUAGGCGGCACGACUGUGCCCCAUUGUAUCGAUGAUGUCCACGAUAGUGUGAUAGUUUAUAAUUUAUUAUGAUAAGGAUUAAAAUCAUGGCGGAAAUUCUAUGAGGAUAAUGAGUACAGCAAAAAUUAUGAAUAUGAUAAGAAAUAAGACAACAAUACAAACCGAUCGUAAGUGUUUGGAAGUGGAUGACCUAGUUAUGUCCGUUUUUAAGCCUCUGCAUUUGUUCAUGUUCUCCGAUCGAUUAUUAGAAGACAUGGGGUAGCGCAACGCAAUAGCUUAACCUCCAAACAUAUGGCUAUAGUACAAGAGGGAUUUCAAGGUCCCCUCGACCUAUUCUUGCCAUGGGUCAUGAAGUCUGAAAAGUAAAACUCAUUCUACCUCUGCCCCAUGCCAUCGCAGAUAGAGCCAUAGCUUCUCGGGUCAGAUUCGUCGCGACAUAUUAUGGUAAAGACGACUGCGUAACCUACGGUUAUUAUUGCCUAUCUGGUAGCCAAAGCCAGGAAGCCCAUAAGGCAGACCGAUGUAUACCCGAAUAAGAUAAGUACGUGAUUUUCAUUCCUGAUAUUAUGUAAGAAGACAGGAUUUGGGAGGCGUGGUAAUAGUAAUCAUGUGGACGCAAGCGCGGUGGAUUCGUCGCGCAGAGGAUGAGGGUGCGUCAGUUGGCGUCCGGCGUCUGGAGGUGCCUAGCGCUUCGCGCCGCGCCCCUUACAGCCAUUGCGUGGCUCGGGGCGUGGCGCUUACGUAAACACGCGUAACACGCAGCUCGUGUUAAAGGCGGCGCGGUGCCGCGCUACUGUCCGUCCGAGAUCGACCCCAUGUUGGCCCGCGCCGCCUACUGAGUAUAUGUGGAUAGCAGCACGCGCCCUGUCGUGCCGCCGCCGCUGCCUCUGCCGCCAACGCCAACUUGCGCGCUUAUAGCAUCAUAAGAGGCGAUGCAGACGCAUGCAGCUCUAAUGGCGCUGGCUGCGCUGGGAGCGCUAGCGGCGGCGGCGGCGGCGGAGCGCGGCAGUGGCAUCAAAGUCGGCAGCGGUGGUGGAAUGGCCAGUAGUCGAGAUGGUGGCCGUGGAAGUGGUGUACGCAUCGGAGACGGAAUCAGGCGUCCACGAACUUCACCUGCGCCUCCUCCUCCUCGAGCUCCUUCUUCCAUCACUGCUGCUCUCGUCGUGCCACAUAAGGCAUUUGGCACACGAGAUUACACCAAGGCCGAAAAAGCUGCUCUAUCAAAAUUACCGCGAAAACUGAAACUUUUUUCUCAAGUGCGCCUGAACAUAACGCUCUCUACGCAAGGCUUGACGCCUAGUCCUAUGUCUAUCCUGGACUCGCUAUGUAAAGAAUUUCUAGCAGUCAACGUGUCUGCUAUCCUUUAUCUUAUGAAUCACGAACAAUACGGGCGCUCUACUGCCUCUGCACAAUAUUUUCUACAACUCGCAGGGUAUCUCGGCAUACCGGUAAUUGCAUGGAAUGCAGACAACAGCGGGCUUGAGAAGCGAGCGUCACAUGCUUCUUUACGUCUUCAAUUGGCCCCAUCCAUUGAACAUCAAACAGCCGCGAUGCUUUCUAUUUUAGAAAGAUACAAAUGGCAUCAGUUCAGCGUCGUCACCUCAGCUAUUGCCGGACAUGACGAUUUCAUACAGGCUGUACGUGAAAGAGUGACGGCACUACAAGAUCGAUUUAAAUUCACGAUACUUAACGCAAUAGUCGUUAAGAGGUCAUCAGAUCUAAAUGAAUUGGUCACAAGUGAAGCGCGUGUGAUGUUACUGUAUGCGACCAGAGAAGAGGCAGCGGAAAUACUAUCUGCCGCUGGAGACUUACACCUUACCGGCGAAAGUUUCGUGUGGAUCGUUACACAAAGUGUAUUAGGAUCUAUGCAACAACCCAACAAAUUUCCCGUCGGCAUGCUUGGUGUACAUUUCGACACGUCGAGUUCUUCUUUGAUAUCAGAAAUAGCAACCGCUGUUAAAGUAUUUGCCUACGGCGUGGAGUCGUACAUAUCCGAGCCUGAGAAUGUGCGUUACCCACUGGGCACUAGACUAUCGUGUAGUGGGGCGGGAGCCGGCGAAGCACGUUGGUCUACAGGCGAGCGAUUCUAUAGGCAUUUGCGGAAUGUCAGCGUUGAAGGAGAAGUAGGGAGACCGAGCAUCGAAUUCACCCCUGAUGGUGAAUUACGAGCUGCUGAACUUAAAAUUAUGAAUCUAAGACCUGCCAUAGGCGAACAGUUGGUAUGGGAAGAAAUCGGAACUUGGAACUCUUAUCCGAAAGAACGACUCGUCAUCAAAGACAUUGUUUGGCCUGGCGGUCUACAUACUCCACCGCAAGGCGUGCCAGAAAAGUUCCACAUGCGCAUAACCUUCCUAGAAGAACCACCGUAUAUUAACUUAGCGCCACCGGAUCCCGUUAGUGGACGUUGCUCUUUAGACAGAGGUGUGAUAUGCCGUGUCGCACCGGAAACAGAAGUUGCUGGUCUCGAAGCCGGUACUGCUCACGGAAAUAGCUCUCUAUACCAGUGCUGCAGUGGAUUCUGUAUAGAUCUGCUGCAACAACUUGCUGAACAUCUCGGAUUUACCUAUGAAUUGGUCCGCGUCGAGGAUGGACGUUGGGGCACAUUGCACUACGGCAAGUGGAACGGUUUGAUUGCGGAUCUUGUCAACAAGAAAACCGAUAUGGUUUUAACGUCCUUAAUAAUAAAUUCGGACCGGGAAGCCGUAGUAGAUUUCAGUGUGCCAUUUAUGGAGACCGGAGUUGCAAUUGUAGUGGCCAAACGAACAGGCAUAAUUUCCCCAACGGCUUUCUUAGAACCUUUUGACACUGCUUCAUGGAUGCUCGUGGGCGCUGUAGCUAUACAAGCUGCUACUUUUUCAAUAUUCUUCUUCGAAUGGAUGUCACCGAGUGGAUUCGACUGCUCAACUGGCAACUCAAAACGUGUUCCACAGAAUCGAUUUUCGCUAUGUCGCACGUAUUGGAUUGUUUGGGCAGUUUUAUUUCAAGCGUCAGUACACGUUGAUUCACCUAGAGGUUUCACAGCUCGUUUCAUGACCAACAUGUGGGCAAUGUUCGCCGUCGUGUUUCUGGCUAUAUACACAGCUAAUUUGGCUGCGUUUAUGAUAACUCGCGAGGAAUACCACGAAUUAAGCGGCUUAGACGAUCCCAGGAUCGCGAGACCACUCUCACAGCGUCCGCCAUUAAAAUUCGGCACAGUACCGUGGUCACACACAGAUGCUACGCUCGCUAAAUACUUCCCGGAACCACACGCUUAUAUGGCUCGGUACAAUCGGAGUACAGUUAGCGCAGGAGUGACGAGCGUACUUACGGGAGAUCUUGACGCAUUCAUUUAUGACGGUACUGUAUUGGAUUAUCUGGUAUCACAAGACGAAGAUUGUAGACUGUUGACGGUAGGGGCUUGGUACGCCAUGUCCGGGUACGGCCUCGCGUUUACGCGGAACUCGAAAUAUCUCAGUAUGUUCAAUAAACGGUUGCUAGAUUUACGAGCCAAUGGUGAUCUUGAAAGACUACGAAGGUACUGGAUGACUGGAACGUGUAAGCCCAAUAAACAAGAGCAUAAGUCUUCAGAUCCUCUGGCCUUGGAGCAAUUCUUAUCAGCAUUCCUGCUACUUAUGGCAGGAAUUCUGCUGGCAGCAUUGUUGCUCCUGUUAGAACAUGUCUAUUUUAAAUACAUGCGCACUCAUUUGGCGGCCUCAAAGGCUGGAUCGUGUUGUGCGCUAGUUUCGUUAUCAAUGGGUCAAUCUCUGACUUUUCACGGCGCCGUAGUCGAAGCGGCUGCUCGAGGAUUAGGCACAGGCGAACGUGGACACUGUCGCUCCGCCAUAUGCGCUGCUCAAUUAUGGCGCGCACGACACGAACGUGAUGUAGCCAUGGCCAGGGUGAGGCAGCUGGCUGCGGCGUUAGCGGCACACGGGCUGGCGCCGCCGCCACGCCGACUGGCUUCGGCGGCGGCGCUGCUGGCGGGUGGCAUGCCGCACGACGCCACGCGGCCGCGCACGCUGCGCCCGCCCGCCGACCUACUGCCGGACCUCGACCGCCCUCUCUCGUGUGGUGAUUUGCGAUCGAGAGGGCGGACACGAGUAGAAAUGGAAACAGUGCUGUGAGGCGUAUUUUACGCCACCCUAUUUCAAUUCUUGAAGGCUGCUCUUACACCAAGUUAUACAAAGACGAAGUUAGUUAUACCUAUGUUUAAAAUACGGACAGAUAAAAGAAAAGAUGUAAUUAUUAAAUAAACUAUUCCAAUUAUUAAAACGGAGAGCUGGACGUAGAUAGCGAAGCGUUGUUGUGGGACGUGCGCGCGGAGCAGGCUGGAACCGGGCGCACGCCCUCGUGUUGUCUACUACAAUAAAUAUAUUUUUUGGACAAUA